AUGGCGCCGUUAUUAGGCAGCUGGGAUGGGGAUGGGUCGGAGACCGCACAGUUAAGCAAGACCCAGAAGAGUAUUCUCUAUGUUGACGCAUACGACUCAUUCUCAUACAAUGUCGUUGCGAUGCUGGAAGAGACCCUUGGCGCCAAAGUCACAGUAAUGACCAUCGACUCCGAAUGGCCAGAUGGCAACAUGCGCGAAUUUCUACGCCACUACGAAGCCAUUGUGUUAGGACCUGGGCCGGGAAACCCCAACUUGCCUAAAGAUGUCGGCAUCAUGCGCGAUAUCUGGAAUCUCCAGGGUGCCGAGUUGCUCCCGGUGCUUGGCAUCUGUCUGGGUUUUCAAAGCUUAUGUCUGCAUCAUGGUGUGUCCAUUGACCGGCUUCCGUAUCCUCUCCAUGGCCAAGUGCGACAUAUAUCGACAAGCUCGAAGGAUGUCUUUGAGGGCCUUCCUUCUGUCGAAGUGACACUUUAUCAUUCGCUGUAUGCCAAUAUGGACUCUUUGAGUCAUUCGCAGCGCUUAUCGUCGGAUCAUCUCGAAUUUCUGGCGUGGUUAUCUCUUGAAAACUCUUCUGGCUCGGAUAGUGAGAUCCCAAUGGCGGUGCGCCAUCGUCAAAAGCCAUUCUGGGGUGUACAGUUUCAUCCUGAAUCGUGCAAGUCAGAGAAAGAUGCUUGCAAGUCUUUGCUACAGAAUUGGUGGCGGAUGGCUCUUACCUUCAACAAGGUUGUCGGGCGUGGGGGAUAUGGGACUCUCUCUGAAACCAUCAUCAGUCCUCAGAAUGAUAUGAGCGCUUUCCCGGAUGUCGCUUACGAGAUGCUGAAAUGGAGCGAGGCGACUUCGGCUGUUUCGGCAUACCGGUCUCUGGGGCGAGGUCUGACUCCAGAGGAUGUCAGUGAGGUUUUCAACAAGCCCGGGGCGCCGACUGUGCUGUUCCAGUCUAAUGGGCGGUAUAGCAUUAUAUCAAUUCCCAGUCCGGGGUCCUGGAGACUUGAAUACAGCGUUGAAACUCAGCAUCUGAGUCUUUGCCAAUUACAGGGUGAACACGAAGCUGUCGAGAAGACUCUUUCUGUCACCCAGCUCUGGGAUGCUUUGCGAUAUUUGAUGGACAUGAAGAAGGUCAAUCUUGGUAGCCCGGAAUCUCCGUUCUGGGGUGGUUUCCUCGGCUACUUUUCCUAUGAACUGGGUCUUGCAUGUCUCCCUCAUCCAAAGGGGUCAGAUCACGUCUCUGUUUCAUAUGAACACUCGACUGAGAGGUCAUCGACUCGUUCUUUGGAAGAUCCUCCAGAUGCCAGCUUGCUAUGGUGUGACAGGAGCAUCAUUAUCGACAACAAUACCGGCAACCUUAUCUUGCAAUCGACUCGCGAGUCCGAUAAUCAGCCGUCGGGCUGGCUUGACGAGACAUUGAAAUCUCUAGAGGCUUAUUCAAGCAGCUCUAGAGCCGACCAAGAAGCCGACGCCCAAUUUUUGAACUCUAUCCUCUGCGAAGGAAAGAUUGUAUUCCCAGAGGAAGCCAUUUAUAAACGACAGAUUGAGUCUUGCAAGGCAGAACUGGAAGCCGGAGAAUCAUAUGAGCUGUGCCUCACCUCCGAGACAUCCAUCACCCUACCGACUCCCACAACGGAAGAAGGCCGUAUUACAUUCCCCUGGAAACUAUACAAGAAAUUGAGGAAAUACAACCCCGCCGCGUUCAGUGCAUUUGCAGACUUGGGACACGCCAAGGUCGUCAGCAGCAGUCCAGAAUGCUUCCUCAAUUGGGAUCGAGAGUCUACUUUGGAGAUGAAGCCGAUGAAGGGUACCGUCCGCAAGACACCCGAGAUGACCAUAGAGAAGGCUCGUGAGAUCCUGGGCUCGACGAAGGAAAUGGCCGAGAACCUGAUGAUCGCCGAUCUCAUUCGACACGAUCUGUAUGGUAUCUGUGGAUCUGGUGGUGUCCAUGUCGAGAAAUUGUUGGAAGUCGAAGACCACGGUCGCGUUUACCAGAUGAUUACCCAUGUCAAGGGUGUUGUCAAUCCCGACCACCCUGGAUUCGCUGUUCGACACAUGCCUCAGCUGAAGUCUUCCAACAUGGCUGUUCAUGGUCUAACGGCUCUUCAGCGGUGCUUGCCUCCCGGGUCUAUGACUGGCGCACCCAAGGAACGCUCCUGUAUGCAUCUCCAAAACAUCGAGGACAGGAAGCGUAGCAUCUACUCCGGCGUCAUGGGCUACCUAGAUCUGGGCGGUGGUGGCAGCUUCUCGGUUCUGAUUCGCACGGCAUUUACUUGUACUACCGAGCCUCAAGGUCAACAACAGACUUGGAGAAUCGGUGCUGGUGGUGCAGUUACCACCCUCAGCACAGCCGAGGGUGAAUGGCAGGAGAUGUUGACAAAGCUGCGCACGGUCUGCAAUGUCUUCGCUCCAUCCGAGGCUGAAGGGGCAAGUCGGUGA